CGCGCUGAGCAGCGGUCGAACCUGUAGGGUCACAACCUUCCACUUUCCACAACCUGCCCGGAUUCCCUUGACUCGGAAUGCCUCGUAGACCGCGCCCCGCUUCUAGGAGGACCUCGCAACAUGCCGCCACAUCCUCAGUCAAGGCAGCGCACACAGCUACCCGUGCAAAACCUGCUCGAGGCUCUAGGUCUAAGGCCAACCAUACUCAAGAAGAAUCCGAGUCGGACGAGUCGGCAGUAGCAGGCUCAAGCUCCGACGGUUUCUUCGAAGAAGGAGCCUCUGGUUUGGGCACGUCUGGCCCCGAGGAUGAAGAGGAUGACCUUGGUGGGGGCGAGAGCUACGUAGGAGAAUUUGACGACGCGGAACCGGACGCUCCUCGGGUCGCGCAGUGGGUGGACGAUGAGGAGUUGGACGAAGAAGAAGUCUUGGAAGAGGCAUCUGAGAGCAGCGAAGACGAAGAGGGGACUAAGUCCCACCUACAAGCGAGCUUACGGUCGCUAUCGUUUGGUGCCCUACGCAAAGCACAAAAGGCUUUAGCUAAAGUAUCAGCUGUUGCUGACUCUGAAGAAGAGGAGCGCUCUGCGGUAUCAGAGACUGAGGCUGAGUCCGACGGCCCUGUAGUUCGUUUCGACAAGGGCAAAGAGAAGGAAGAAAAUAUCCGACCAAAGAAGGUAGUGCCAAAACGCAAACACAAACAUGCACCUAUGGAGAUGUCCUCGAAGAGACCCGUAUCUCGCUCGAGGUUUGUAGCCGAGGAUAAAGUUGUACCACGCGAUCCACGCUUCCUCCCAGUGACGGGCGAGUUCGAUCCCAAGCGCUUCCAGAAUCAAUACGGCUUCCUUUCCGACUUACACCAGGAAGAGCUGAGCACACUCAGAGAGAACCUCAAGCGCGCGCGCAAAUUGCUUGCUAACUCUCCUCGAGACCUCCGCGAGGAGCGAGCAGCCGAGGUCGAGCGUCUGGAGCGGGCUGUCAAGCGUGCUGAAAGCGCGGUCAACAAGGACCGUCGGGAGAAGGUGGAGAUGGAAGCUCUCGGCAAGGUUGCUAAGGAGGAACGAGAGAAGCGGAAGCAGGGCAAGAAGGCGUGGUUCAUGAAGGACGCGGACAAGAAGGAACUGCUGCUACGGGCGAAAUACGAUGCUUUGGCGGAGAGAGGCGGAAGAGGUGCAGUACGCAAGGCGAUCGAGAAGAAACAGAAGAAGGUCAACCAGAAGGAAAAGAAGAAGAUACCGUUUGUCCCAGGACAGCUGUCGAACACCGGAAGUAGGUCUACACGGGAAGGAGGGCCGGCUCGGCUGAAGCGUGCACAUCCUGGAGGCGACAGUGGAUCCAGGAAACGUCCUAGACCCAACUGAUGCAAAUCUAGUUUUGCUUCUGCCCGGUGUUCAUUGUCUAUAGUGUUAUCGAGAACCUAUAGUGCCAUUCAUGCAAGUUACAAACGUCAUUAUAUUGAGAGGCUAGGAUAGGCUGGUAUGGUAGAGGCAGAGUGCGCCACAACGUUAACGAAGUUGCACAUGU